AUGAAUUCCUUUUUGAUAUCUUUCAUUAUUCAACAUAAAUUGAAAUCGUGCAAAAGAACUUCUAGGAAGGUACUACAUCAUAACUCUAAGUGUAAGAAUCCUUAUCACAAGUCGGACAUUGGCCGCAGCUUUCCUAAGAAGCCAACUACCUACUCACGAAAAGCAGAUUAUUUUCCUGAAUCUCGACUUCAUGUGGAUACAACCAACGACGAGAGAAAAUGCCCUAAACUGUACGAGAUAGCUCGAGCGAUGCUGGAUGGUGAAAAGAUAAAACUUCCCUACGAAAUAAACCACACGAGGUGGAAAUUUCGAGAGAGAGUCGAUUUAGAUGUUCUUACGAAAACGAAUCUUCACUGGAAUCAUCCGUGGCAGCAAGGAGACUCAGCGGAAACGCGACGAAAACUUCUGAGGUAUAACGUGUCAGCAAGUACUAUACCGGAGAGGAAAUAUUUAUUGACGUACGGCCAAAACUGUUGCGAGCUGUCGAAAAAAAGAGCAGUCAAUCAAGGAAUCGAUGUUGGCAAAUUAGACUAUGCUGAAGCUGUAGAUUUGUCUCAUCUAUCUGUGCCUUUCCAGAUCUCUCAUCAUAACCUUUUGAGACACAGAAAAGGGGCCGGAUAUUGGUUGUGGAAAUCCUAUAUUAUUCUCAAAACCUUAUUGACGAAAUUGAACGACGGAGAUCUACUUGUUUACCACGACGCAGGGGCAUAUUUGAUAAACGACAUAGGUCCUCUUUUUAAAUUAUGCAUGGACGCGAAGCCCAAUGUGCUCACAUUCCGCCAGCCAUACCAAGAGCGUUUAUUUACCAAACGAGACGCAUUUAUACUAAUGGGAAUGGACGAACCUCAAGCAUAUGAAAAGAAGCAGACUCAAAGAACGGCUGCAUUGCAAGUAUAUAUGAAGUCCUGUACAACUAUACAAUUUGUAAUGGAAUAUCUGGCGUAUUCGGCUGAUCGCAGAAUCAUAAGUGAUGACGAAAACGUCAUGGGUAAACCGAAUAUGGAGGGUUUCCAAGGUAAUAGACAUGAUCAGACAGUUUUUUCUCUGCUGUCAAAGAAGUGGGGAAUUUUAGAGUUACGAGAUCCUUGUACGUGCGGUCGGAAUAAAUUUACUCAAGAUUAUAAAUAUGCAUCUGGACCUUACCAUUCUAUGUAUGUUCAGGACAGACUAAGAGACUAA